AUUUACCCUAAAUUACUAAAAUAUCGAUAUUUUAAUGUGAGAAUAGAUUCUAGAACAUAAAUGACUGGUAUCGAAGGAAUCGAUAUUUCAGGAUCGAUCGAGAAUUUGUCAGGCUGGGUAGAUUUAGGACAGCGUGUGUUGGCGGCUUGGAUUUUCCGUGCAAUGCCGGGACGUCGUUUCUCUUCCAUCGCUCCGGGAACUCCUCCGCACAGACCGGGGCUGGCUGCUCCGGACAGCAGAGACCACAAACUGCUCACUGCUGUGAGAGGGCUGUCUCGUCAGCUGGCUCGGUUUGCUGCUGAUGUGAAUGAGCAACUAACAGCGGUAAACGCAAAACUGCACUCCAUAGACGAGAGGAUGACCGCUUUAGAAGAAGUAGUGAACUCCCGCGCUUGUGUGGAGGAGAAGAGGAAAAGACGGGCGCACAAUCCCAAGAUUGCGGAGGCGGUGCGUCGUUUUCAUAACGCCAAGGGAAAUCGCAAGCGCUACAAUCCUGAAGAAGGACUGAGCUCGCCUCACAAUGAGGCAGUCACGUCUCAUUUGGUCCAAGCUCUGGCUGAAAGUCCGGAUUUGCACAACGUGGCUAGAGAUGCCAUUCUAUCUGCCUGUAAAACAUACUAUGAGACCAUACGCAGGAACUUCCGCUACAGCCAGCCGGACCUUGCAGCCCAGGCUGAAGCAAUGAAGACUGCAGCCCGCAGCCGUCAGAGGAGGAAAAGGCUGCUGGAAGCCAGGCAGGGAGUCCUCAGUGCAGAUGAACUGGACUUCUGGAGGGGUGUAACAAUUGAUAUGAUGUCCGAUGAGGAGGAUGGCGCUGUUGAAGGGGUGGCUGGGUGGAUUGUUAGGCCUCCUUCCUUUCGAAGCAAAGAACUCACCGAUCUGUGUGCGACUCUUCAGGCUUGGAAGCUAAUCCAAAAUACACAUCUACACAUCACAGACGUCUGCAUAUUGGACCGGAUUCAGACAGAAAUCCUCCAAAUGCAUACAACCCAGAUGCAGCAAAGAAACAUUUCAAAGAGCAUCUUAUCCCCCAGAGAGCUAUGAAUCAUCACAACUUUGAGAACAACUGCACUAGUUACAAAACUGAAGAACUACUGAGCUCGCCCGAUGACACAGACAUGUCUCCUUUGGACGACGCUCUAGCUGAAAGUCCAGAACAUCACAGCGUGGAUAAUGAGAUCCUCCGUGUGACUGUGGCCUAAUGAAAUGAAUUAAAUCUCUGACCGAAUGUCACCUCAAGUCAAUCUCCACACUACCGCUGACCUGUAUACACAGAAUGUUACCUUACACAUGAUGCCCUAGGUAGGGGUGAUUUUUUUUUUUUUUUGGGGGGGGGGGUUGUAAACGUAUUUAUACCAAACAUUAUAUUUUAUAUUGUACACUUUCUCCUUGGUCUCUUAUAACUGUCUCAGACUACAUAAAGUUACUGACUGGUGAGAUUAGGCAAUUAUAAAAUCAUACAAUCUUGGCUUUUCCAGUCAAGAGUUUAUCAAAGUUUUGAUCAGUGGUUGCCAGUUUAGAGUUCCAGUCAGUGACUUAACCUUAAUGAUUUUGGGCCAUCAAGGAUACGUUGCUGACUAGAACAGCAGAGCUGAAAUUAAAAGGAAAUGCUCUCUUGAACUGGUCCUGAGCCUCUUUAUCACAGUAUGACAUGAAGCUGAUGUACAGCGGUCCAUUCUUUCCUUUUAGCGUCUCAAUUUUUCCUCUCAGGAGAUCAUGAAGCCUCUGAGAUACAGCAGUAGCUUGCUUUUAUUAUCACACAAUUAUCCAUUUUCUUAAUCAUUGUCACAGUUGACAUAGUAUGACAGGCAAAUCCAUUACAAAGCUGCGGGAAAUCACUCUCUUAUCCAAACCUGCUGCCAGUUUGAAAUUAACCCGACAAACAUAUUGUUGGGUUCUGGAAAAUCGUGAAGAAGAAGCAACCAGCAGGAUUUAGCCAAGAACUUUGUGGCAAUGUUCAGGCAUCAACAUGGUUCAAUGGUGGUCACAUCCUAGAGACCGCUAUGAGGACUGCUGUCUACAUGUUGUAGCUGAUUAUGGUCAUACAUGACUGGCCUGUGGACUACUCUUGUUAGUGCUGUUAUUGGUCGUUGCCAGCAGCAGAGAAGAGCAAAGUUAAAACACAGAAAGAGCGGAAGUGAAAUAGUGUCCAUUGUGUCUGUUCUUUUCAUGCUUUAUGUUUUUGAUAUGAUGUCUCUCACGCUUCUCUCGUUUGUGGUGAACACCACUGUUCCAGCCCACUUUUCAACCAGUGAACGUUCAACCACACUGAGGGUCCAUGGAGGACUGCAAAUAUUCAUGUUUGCAAUAGUUGCAUACCCCUUUCCCUAGUCAAAUACCUAAAAGCAAUACCAUAAAACAGGUUUUUAACUGCUGCACCACUGUGCCACUCCAUGAAACACUUUGUGAGAUAAAGUGAGUGACAGCACCUGCAUCAUGGUUUUAAUUGACUGUUAUUUUAAGUUUUAUGCUUGCCUAUUUAUUCAAGCUGACUUUGCUCUUUAUUGUGUUUUUGCGCGCGUGUGUCUGUGUGUAUGAGAUCAUUUUGAUGGUGCUAUAAAAAUAUACUUUAUUAUUACUAACUUAUCCAGUAGUUACAGCUGUAUUUGCAUAUUUGCACUUUCUGCUCACAGGAAACAUAAAUAUAUAGUCUUGGGUGUAACUGCAGAUUUACAGGCCUGAGGAUGUCAGAAGUUAACCCACCAGUCCGUAGGUCUGGGAACAUUAUUGCCAAAAGUACUUGAUUGUCUGCCUUCAUAUGCAUAAUAGCUUGAGUGACAUCCCAUUCUUAAGCCAUAGGGUUUAAUAUGAUGUUGGCCCACCCUUUGCAACUCUUCUGGGAAAGCUUUCCACAAGGUCUAGGAGCGUGUUUAUGGGAAUUUUUGGCUAUUCUUCCAGAAACACAUUUGUGAGGUCAGACACUGAUGUUGGACGAGAAGGCCUGGCUCACAGUCUCCGCUCUAAUUCAUCCCAGAGGUGUUCUGUCGGGUUGAGGUCAGGACUCUGUGCACGCCAGUCAAGUUCUUCCACACUAAACUCGCUCAUCCAUGUCUUUAUGGACCUCACUUUGUGCACUGAUGCAGAUUCAUAUUGGAACAGGAAGGGGCCAUCCCCAACUGUUCCCAGAAAGCUGGGAGCAUGAAAUUGUCCAAAAUGUCUCGGUAUGCUGAAGCAUGAAGGUUUCCUUUCACUGGAACUAAGAAGUUGAGCCCAAUUCCUGAAAAACAACCCAAUGCCAUAAUCUUCUCUCCCCCAAAGAGAGUUGCUGUUGUUUCCCAAUCACUUCCAUAUUGUUACAAUAUCACUAACAGCUGACUGUGGAAUAUUUAAUAGAGAGGAAAUUUCACAACUGGACUUGCUGCACAGGUGGAACCCUAUUACAAUAAAA